AUGGCUCAAGUACUUGUUCCAUUUAAUCAACGUAUUGUUAGAACCGCAAAAAAUUUGCCUCCGGAAGCUUUACCUAUGGUUGUAAUUGUUGUUGGAGCUAUAAGUGGUGGAAUAUUUGCAAUGGCACAUAAAAUGUGGUCAGAUAAAGGAUUGAGAAGACAUCCCAAUCGUCAUCAUGAAAAUGCUAAAGACAGAUCCUCAAGGUUGAUACAAAAUGAUUUUGGUGAUGACUCCUUUGAUUAUGUCAAGAAACACGAUGUAAACAAAGCUUGA